AUGCGAGUAGGAGGUCGACUGAAGUUCGCUGAUUUGCCCCAUAUAGAGAAGCACCCUGUCAUUCUCCCCGGAAGUCAUCAUGUAGCAUGCCUACUGGUUGAACAUGUCCACAGAAAGGUACGUCAUCAGGGACGCCAUUUCACUGAGGGGGCUGUACGUGCUGCUGGAUAUUGGAUUGUAGGAGGGAAAAGGCUUAUUUCCUCAGUAAUUCAUCAUUGCGUCACAUGCCGUAAACUACGUGGAUCGUUUGAGACCCAGAAAAUGGCAGACCUGCCUAGAGACCGUCUAACCAUUGCAUCCCCCUUUUCCUAUGUUGGUGUUGACACCUUUGGCCCAUGGCAAGUUGUCAGCAGGAAAACUCGUUCUAGUCAAGCAUCCAGUAAACGAUGGGCCAUCAUUUUCACAUGUUUAGCUGUGAGAGCCAUUCACAUUGAAGUUGUGGAUGAAUUAUCGUCAUCAGCAUUUACGAAUGCAUUGCGUCGCCUUAUUGCUAUUCGUGGACCUGUCAAGGAAUUACGGUCAGAUCGGGGCACCAAUUUCACAGGAGCAAUAGACCUUCUUGAGAUAAACUCAAUGAGUGUGGAGCAAAAAGCCUUCCGCAAGUUCUUGAAUGAUAGUGAGAUCAUUUGGCGCUUCAACCCACCACAUAGCUCUCAUUUCGGAGGUGUCUGGGAGCGCAUGAUUGGUGUUUCCAGAAGAAUUCUUGAGCAAAUGCUCAUGAACGUGCCACAUCUAACACACGAUGUGUUAGUCACAUUCAUGGCCGAAGUAUGUGCGAUUGUGAAUUCCCGCCCUAUUACACCUGUGUCCAGCGACCCGGAGAAUCCUGAAAUCCUCACUCCAGCCAUUCUACUUACACAAAAGUCAGGUUCCGUAACAUCUUGUGCAGCAGAGCCUGGGACCUUGGAUACCAAAGACAUGUACCGGCAGCAGUGGAGGCAAGUGCGACAUCUAUCUGAGACUUUUUGGGCCCGAUGGAAAAAGGAGUAUCUUCCCACUCUGCAAAAACGUCAUAAGUGGACCCAUGAGAGUGAAAGUAUCUCCGUGGGAGAUGUCGUGCUGUUAAAAGAAAAGCUGAAACAUCGUACCGGAUGGCCAAUUGGAAGAGUGCUGGAAGUCUUCCCGAGUGAGGAUGGGAGAGUACGAUCAGUGAAGUUACGCGUCACCAGUGAUGGACAGCCUCAAGACUGCGUUUGA